AUUUAUUUAUUUCAUUAUUAAUCAUCAUAACCUCCACCCUACCCCCAACCAAUUAUUUCUCUUACUUAUAUUUCAUCUUAGCCACCCUCCUUCCCCAGCUUCAUACUAUCUUUUAACAAACAAAAAAAAUAUUCAAAAUAACAUUUGAUCGAGCAAGAGGGGGAAAAUUAAAGAUAUGGGAUUUGAUAGUAUUUGUAACAAAGGCCUUGUCCUAGAAUUAGGCCUUAGUUCAUCCAUGGUGGAAAACAAUUACUCCUUUAACACCACCAAGAAGCCAGCUGGUAACACCCUAAAUUUUGAUCCAUCCUUAACCUUGGCACUUUCGGGUGAUCGUGAGCGUGAUCAUGACCAUGGUUUGAUUGUCAAGAAACAAGCAUAUCAUGAUCACGCCGGCAGUUUGUACCGACAAGAUAGUGUUAGUGGCGGUGGUUCAUCGUUUUCGGUUGCAAGUGUGAGUGUCAAGAGGGAAAGAGAGGUCAAAAGUGAAGAAUCAGAAAGAGUGAUUAGCACAACAACAAGUGUACUUGAUCAUGAUGUUGAAGAAGACGAUGAUGGUAUUGUUAAUGGUCGAAAAAAACUUAGGCUUACUAAAGCUCAAUCCGCACUUCUUGAAGAAGCUUUCAAACAUCAUAGUACUUUGAAUCCUCAGAAGCAAAAGCAAGAACUUGCAAGGGAGCUAAAAUUAAGGCCUCGGCAAGUUGAGGUUUGGUUCCAAAACAGAAGAGCAAGGACAAAGUUGAAGCAAACGGAAAUAGAUUGUGAAUAUUUGAAGAAAUGUUGUGAUGCAUUGAAGGAAGAGAACAUUAAACUCCACAAAGAGCUUCAAGAACUGAAAGCACUCAAAGUACCAACAAAGCCACUAUAUAUGCAGCUGCCGGCGGCCACCCUUACCAUGUGUCCGUCUUGCGAACGCGUUGGAGACACCACGGCAUCCACCAAGGCUCUCCCUUUUACGAUGGCUCCAAAACCCCAGUUUUUUAAUCCAUUCAGUAAUUCAUCUGCAGCUUGUUAAUUAUUUAAUUAAAUUUAUUACUAGCAUCUUAAUCUUAUAUAUAUACUACUACUCAAAUUAAUCAUCCAUGCACGCAAAGCCCUUUCUUUCUGUUUUUUAGAGUUAAGGGUUUGCAUGAUUAAUUAGCAAGGGAUUAAAUUAUAAUUAGUACAUAGUGAAUUUUGUAGAAAGUUAUAUGGUUUUCUACUGCUCACUUUUUCUUUUAUUAUUUGAUAAUGCAUGUUUGUAAAAAAGCAAUUAUAU